AUGAGCGGCUUAUCAAACAAGAGACAAGAUGCGGCGUUUCAGGAAAUACAGAGAGUCUUGCAUAAUGUCAAGCCCGAUAACCUCCAAAGCAAAACUGGUGUUAGAAAAUUCAAGAAGAAGACAAACGCAUUGCUGCGCCAACUCGAGCAAGCUACUCCCCAAUACGGACCUUGGGGACAAUCUGCUCGACUAGCUCGACUAAGAUACGCCAAGAGAACGAUCAAACCUCCCAUCGAGCUUGAUCUACUCCCUCUCAUCCGAAAACCGGAGUCUGAGUGGAGACAAGAAGCAGCAAAGUUCUUCGACAGUCAAACACCAUGUCUCCGCACCCGACAUCAAGAUUAUCUCGUUGAGAACAACCCAGAUUAUGGCCCGAACGACGCUUCUUACACAGAUGGCGAAGACAAUCAGCCAGGUGAUGAUCUUAGCCCGCGUCAAGAGGAAGACGAAUCCUUGUUUAGCGACAUCAGCGAUGAACCUCAUAUCAGAGGCAUAAUUCUGCGCAAUUGCGAUACAAAGGACCAAGAUCGAAUUGAUGCAAUUGCAGAGAUAGACUCCGACAUGCAAGCGUUGCAAAACCAACUCGCAACGUUAUUUAGAUCUGGUGGCCUAAGUUGA